CCCUGGGUGAAGACGGACCAGAGGAGAUUGUCAGAUUGCUCAACAGACUCCGCGACGUCCCUACGGCCUUCUUUCCUUCUGUUGUCCUCAGUUCCUCAUUUAUUGCAGAUGCGAAGAGGCAAGGAGAAGAACAAAUAUGCACUUUUCUAUACCUGAUACCCAGGAGUGCAAAGAAGACAACGGAAGCACCUAUGUAGCCUACAACAUCCACAUCAAUGGAGUGUUCCAUUGUACAAUGCGGUACAGGCAGCUCCAUAGCCUGCAUGAACAGCUCAAGAAGGACUUAGGGGGAUCCACCCUGCCUCCUUUUCCCCCAAAGAAACUCCUGCCCUUAUCUCCUACACAGACUGAAGAGCGCCGGGCCACCCUGGAAAAGUAUAUCCUGCAGUUAAGCCAGGACCCCAGAGUGCUCAAUAAUGAUGUCUUCAAUGGAUUCCUUGUGUUUGCUCAAAAUGAAACCCAGCGGGCUGGAGGCGGGCAGGAUGAGGUGCCCAUUGAUAUUUACCUCACAAGUGGCCAGAAGGUGACGCUCACCAUCCCUGCCACACUGCAGACAGACGAUUUACUGGAGAAAGUGUGCAAUCAGAUACAUCUACCAAGUGAAAUGGUGUACUACUUUGCUCUUUUUCUUGUUAAGAAAGAAGAAAAUGACCUAAUUGUUGUAAAGCGGCUGCAAGACUUUGAGAGCCCCUAUAUUUCUCAGAGAUGCAUGAAAGGCCUGCAUAGAAUAAUGUUGAGGAAAAACUACUGGGACCCAAGUAUUGACCAGGAGGUGAUGAGCGACCGUGUGGGGCUGAACCUGCUAUAUAUGCAAACUGUUCAGGAUGUGGAGAGAGGAUGGGUUCUCACCAACCAUGAGAUUCAAAGACAACUUGCUGCCCUCCAAGCUAAAGGAGCAAAGAAAGAGUACAUGGAGCUGGCAAGAACACUGAAAUACUAUGGGUACCUGCAAUUCCAAUCAUGUAGCUGUGACUUCCCCAAGCCUGGUACCUCAGUCCUCAUUAGUGCUGGAAACAAGGAGCUUAAUUUCAGAAUAGAGUGUGAGGAUGGAUCAAUGAAAGAGGGCAAUUUCAAGGUGACUCGAAUUAGAUGCUGGAGAAUUACAGUGCAACAACCUUGCAGUGAGGGAAGUCCCAGCAGCGGCAGCAGGGACGGGUGUGCCAGCCUUGAUGCCAGCCAGCAGGUCAACCUGGAGUUGUCGUUUGAAUAUCUGAUGAGUCGAGAGGAGAUGCGGUGGGUGCGAGUGAACAGUCCCCAGGCGGUGCUGAUGUCCCUGUGUCUGCAGGGAAUGGUCAAUGAGCUGCUCUCACACAAGAGGGGACGUAAAGUGAGGACGCCCAAUGAGCGUGUGCGGAAGGGAAGUCUGUCUUACGUGAGGCGAGAUGGAAGCAGCACUCAUGUCACCCUUAAUCACACAGGGGAGAACCUGCCUCAGGAGGGCAGCAGCCAAGGCAGCAGCAGCAGCCAGUCUCCCAUUGGUGAGUUAUCACUGCGGCGCCUCAGUGAGCGCCUCAGCGACCCUCUAGACAACCGUCCGUCCUCGCCAGCCAGACCAAACGGUCAGGCCGAGCACACCACAGUGGAGAACCAUGCUUUCAACAUCAUGGGUGAUGACAAUUUGUAAUACAGUGUUUGUGUAAAAAGUUGAUGAUGGUAUUUUUGGUAAAAAAGAGUAGUUUACAGAAUACAGUGAGAAUAGUCAGAUUUAAUUUAUGAUUUUUAAUGGGAACACCCUCUCACUGGCAUUGGGAAAACUGCAAAUGGGAGUUACAUUACCAAUACAUUAGACUUACUUGGAAUUUGCAUUUCAGAAAUAACAUUUUUGUGUUGCAAUCAUAUUUUUUAAAAAGUAAGAAAACUUUAGUGUAUAGAAGAUUUAAUCUACUUACUAAAUGUCAACAAAAUUUACAAAAUGCUGAUUUUCAUCUAGUUAUGCAAUAGAUACUUUUUAAUUAUCAAUUGUGCAUAUCAUGGUUUCCAGUACAACACUGAAGACCUUUCUUAACAGCAGAGUACAUGGAUUACUUUAUUCUAAAGUUGUCUGUCCAUGCAAGUUUGGUCUUUUAAGAAUUAUUUUAUAGGAAUUUGUAUUCUUUAAAGUCAGUUAAGAGUUUUUUAUAUGCACAAAUCUCUUUAUGAGAAGAGAUGAUCUGGUCUGGUCAAAAUUGAUUGGUGUUUUGAGGUGUUGGGUUAGUAGUGGUUCAUUGGACUCUAAGUUAAGUCUGUGUACUAGGCAAGACUAGUAGUUGCACCAGAAUUGAGUUGCAGACAAGAGUUCAUGAAGAAACUUGAGUAAUUUUAUUACAUCAAUUUGAUUUUUUUUUUUUUUUUUUUUUCUCAUUAUGUUGCUUAUGUUUUAUGAUUUUGAAAUAAUUCUAUAAUAGUUACAAGCAUUUAGAUGUAAAGUUUGUCUUGAGCUCUGCUGAACUGUUUCUCUAAGAUGCAGUCCACAAAGUGUUUCCGUGAGAGAGUGUUGCUGGAGGCUGUCACACGCUUACUGCUUUGUGGUACUCCUGUCCACAGCUGUAUUUGUUUGAGAGAGGAAAUUUUUUCUUCAUACAUUUUAAAAACCUACAUUUACUUAUAUAUCACAAAAAAGCCAAACAAAUCAAACUAAGUCAGUGAUGGAUGGAUGAUGUGUAGUACUGUGUGAAUUUCUUCUUGAACAUCUAUAAUUAUAAUGGAUUUGAAAAGAGAGCAGUGAAUGCAAGACAUGUUUGGUCAAGUGGUAGUGGGAGAAAGAGAGAUCUUGCCUUCUCAUUGAGGUGGUUAAGAUAGAAUGCCGGUGUGUGAUUUGACAACACAAAAUAUUUAAGGGUGUACAGUAUUGACUUAUGUUUUAUAGUAUUCUACAGAAAAGAAGUAAAUUGUACUAUAUUGUCACAAGUUGUGUGAUGUAAAACUCUGCACAGGAGAGUUUCUCUGCUAUGCUUGUCACAAAGUUUGUAUUGCCUCACUGGGUCACGCUGGGAGGCUCAACACAGGGUAACUGUAGGCCACAAUGUAAGGCAAUACUUAUCAUUCCUCAGCUUCCCUUGGCUUGGUGGUGAUGGCAAAUUAAGCCUGUGAAUACAGAAGCUUCAGAGGUGUUUUGAUGGUGCUGUAGUCAGUACAUUGCAUUGGUCACAGUAGUAAGUAGGGAUACACAGGUGAGUCUUCAGUAAAAGACCACUUUCAUUUCUACUAUAACAGACUUUCUCCAUAAGAGAAAGUGUACUGUAUGUAAUUGCAUCUGCAUUCACUCCCUGUUAGCCUCUCUCAGAGUAAGAAUUUUGAAAGUUUCACCUGACAGUUCUUAUGAUACACUGCAUUGAGGCCUUUAUUUCAAUUGUUUUAAUGUUAGUGUAUUUUCUGGCUUAUUACUACCUGUGACUGAUUUGAAAUUCAGUAAUGGAAGUGUUCAAGGUUUUGAUGUUUUGCUCCCAGUUUACAAAAAACAACACAAAAGUUAUUUGUGCCACUUCAAGAGAAACAAAGUGUGCCUGAUGCUGGAAAGAGAAAGAUAGAGAUAUCAAAAUAUAUGUUAAUUGUUUCUUUAUUUAGAUACAAUGAAAAAGAAAAAAAAAAAAAGGCGAGGUAUAAAGAGAAAGUUGACAUCCAAGAUUUGAAAUGAAGAUGAUGAUGGUUUAGAAAUAGAACAUAUCAGAAGAUAUCAGAACUUUAAGUGAGACAGACUUGCUGGUCUCUGAUGAAGUACAAACUCGAUGGUCAGUUAACAAUUACUAACAACACACUGGUUUUGUCAAUGUAAAUUGACAUUUUAUAAUUCUGAAAAAGAAUCUAAAUGCAUGAAUAUAUAUAUAUAUAUAUAUAUAUAUAUAUAUAUAUAUAUAUAUAUAUAUAUAUAUAUAUAUAUAUAUAUAUAUAUAUAUAUAUAUAUAUGUAAAUAGUUUACUGUCUCUGAUUGCACCUGCACUUUCCCCCUUUCAAUACACAGCACUGCCAUUGCACUCCAAAAAAAAGUUAUAGGGACCAGAAUGAAUGGUAUUGGUGAGUGAUGUGUAGCAUUUAGCCCUCCAUUGUAAGCUUAGUCUUGCAUCCCCUCCAGCAACUCAAACAAGAAUCACCCUCAUGCUGCACUGCUUGCUUCCUCCCAAGGAGUUAGUCAGUUGUUAGUAGACAAACAUUAUUUUUUGGCUGGUCUCUGCUUCCCAUUUGUGUGUGUGUGUGUGUGUGUGUGUGUGUGUGUGUGUGUGUGUGUGUGUGUGUGUGUGUGUGUGUGUGUGUGUGUGAGCAAGAGAGAGAGAGAGGAUUUUCUGGACAUAGCACCAUACAACCUUGCAUGUUCGCACUGCACUUCACCAUAUUGCAAGUACGUACGUAAUAAUGCACUUUUUUAAAACUUGUGGUAAGUGGUGAAUGAAGUUGCCCUAGCCAUGAAAUGAAUGGCAGCCUGCUCUGCCUCACAUGGCUGUGGCUGCCAACAUGUUCCAUGCUUUUGGCACAGAAGUGUUUGUAAUUCAUUCAAAGAUGUUUUUCUGUGCUGGAAAGAGAAACUGUCUCAUAUCGUAUGUUUGGAAGCUUAUUGUUUACUCCUAAGAUACUUUCAAAGGUGGUCUUUUUAAAAUAUUCCACAACUGUGUUCUUGAGAUGGUAAUAUGUUGAAUAUUAGCCAUGAUAUUUAUAGCAUAACAGUAUUGUUUAAAACAGUGCUGGGGUCAGGCAGCAAAACCUCUGGAUUGAGUGUACUGUAGAAUAUUCUAACACUUUUUUUUUUUUUUUUUUCCAGUCUACUAGAUAUGGUGUUGUCUUGUUCUUGAAAUGAAAGCAGUGCUAUCUUGUGUUUAUGAAGAUUGUUUUCCUGUAUGUGCUGUGAGGGUGCUGAAUUGUUCUCUAUGCCCUAUGUGAUAACAAAUUUGGAACAUGGUAAAUUAAUUGCAAAUUAAUUGCAAAUUUGAAUAGCUUGCCCAACUCAUCUUGUAGAUUGAUUAUAACAGAUACAUAGUGUUUGGAAUAGUCUCAGUGAAAUAAGUUGUAUUAUAAAUGAUAUUUGCAUUCAUUUAUAUUGUUUGUUUACUUACAUAUUUAUUUACUCUUUCAAAUUUGCCAGCUAAUACCUUGAUCCUUUAACAUCAAUAUUAUUAGUGACCUUUACAUCAGAGUUCAAUUCAGUAUAUUUAGAUUCCUCUUUUUGUCACAAAUGAAAGACAAGUCACAAUAUGAGAUGUGUAAUGUUACCUUCCUCUACCAUGAUGAAGCACACACUAUCCUGCUCAGCCCUCAUUCCCUUCCCUCACCAUGUACUGUGUACUCAUUCACUUCUCUGCACAGCGCACCACUUCAUCAUUAGUUUUUCACAGCGCACUACUUCAUCAUUCUUUUCUUAUAGCACACCACUUCAUCAUUCAUUUCUCACAGCACACCACUUCAUCAUUCCUUUCUCAUAGUUUUCUUGACCCUUGGUUAUUUUUUUUUGGGGGGUCUCUCUUAAUUUACUUUUGGUCUCAUACUAUGACUUGUUACUGUUUGUCAUAUAUGGACAGACUUUUUCGCCUAAUGCUUUUCAUGAAACUCUACUUUUGAAAUUUAUCUUAGACAUUUGUCCAGUUCAGCAUUUGCUGAAUGUUGGUUUUGGUUUGGUCUGGUCCAGAAGUGCCAAGUCUUAAUUUCAAUCCAGUGACUGAUUUUGGACCCAGCACUAGUUUAAAGCAUGAUGAACAUUUUUUAUCUGAUAUAUUUAGAGCUAUGCUUGACUUAUUUACAUGAUUACAUAUGUGUGUGGUCAGGCAUGCCUGUACAGAGGCCAAUAUUCCCUUCACUGGCCAACAGUAAACUCCUUGCAUUGAGAGAGAGAGAGAUAGAGAUAGAGAGAGAAAGAAAACAAAAUCCUGCAAGACCCGGCGAGUUGUUCCCAGUGAAUGACAGGUGCAAACACUGCUCUGCCAGUACUCUUAGUGUUGAAAGUGAGUUCCAUCAUGCUUCAUGUUGUGUGUCUGAUGUUUCUAUUGAUCCCAGAGUUUAUUAUGUGUUGCUCAGAGUGAAUGCAGGCAAUGAUGCAAAGUGCAUUGUUGGGCAGUGAAAGGGAGAAAUAUGCAUGAUGCAAUAGCAUUGUUAAGUAUUGAGAGAAUGAGAUUCACUGCAUGAUAGAAAUGCAAAGGGGUAGUAGACAUUUAGUGAUGCACUGCAAUUACUGUGUUAAUAGAAGCUCAGGCUGCCGAAAGAUGAUAUUGUACAUCAAAAAGCUGUAGGACUAAAUUGUCACACACCUUUGCUACUGAUGUUCUGCAGUCCAAGCUCAUGGGAUGGGAGAAGUCAGUCCAUGCCAGUUAAGAACAGUACAUAUAGUUUAUUUUUUAAAGUAGUAAGCAAUCAUGUCUAUUGAUUAUCUAAUAUGUAUCUUUCAGACUCACUAAAAAUUAUUCAAGAAAAAACUGGGACAUUUAUGAAUUGAGGUGGAGGCAAUGGGAGAUGAUUGUCAUUUUCAUAAGCUGGGGAGAUCCUUCACAUUUCGUUUCAGGAAGGUGUGCAUGAGGGGCACUCAGCAUGCAUUAGGUAGACUGUUAUAAUCUUGUAUGGGAGCUUCUAGAUUAUUUUAUUAGUCAUGAUAUAUCAUACACAUAGUACAUAAUAGAGUUAUGAUAUAUCCGAUAACUAUAUAUGGCUAUUUUUGUAUCUAGGAAAUUUGCAUGAAGUUAGGGUGACAUUUUUGGUGUCUACAGUAAUUAGUAAUAUUCUCAAGCGAUAAUAAGGGGAUGCAUUUACACACACACACACACACACACACACACACACACACACACACACAUUUUUGCUAGCAUGGGGAUGGGAUUGCUCAAAAAUGCAUGUGGGGUUCUCAGUAUGACAAAAGUUAAAAAGUCCAACAGUAGGUAAAAGUUGGAGGGGGACUUUAUACUUCAUGGAGAUUUGAAUUUUGUGUUAUUAUUAUUAUUAUCAUUAUUAUCAUUAACUUAUUUUCUUUUUUCUCCAAGUUCCAUUGCAAGGUUUUUCAUUCCUAUUCACUACAGUGGGGGUUUCUGCACUUGAAUAUUUCAGUGGCCAAUAAUAUUAACGACAAUAGUGCUCAAUUUUACCCGGGCGUUGGUGGGACUUGCCUGGAUGUGUGUGUCUGUCGCCAAUCCCUGACUUGUCCCACAGCAAUAUAGGUAUACGGCUUGACUAUCGGCCUCCUGUGACGGGAGAGAGCCUCGUUCUGUUUUAUUAUGGACGUUACUCUUGAUUGCAUAUUAUACGAUGAUUAUUAUAUUUGCAUGUUAUAUGUUUGGCUCGUAAUCUAUAUUUAUACUGUGCUAUCAUAUUUUUAAGUUGUUGUUAUUUUGUCUUGCAUAUAUCUCGGCUUGUGAUCCAAUGUAUUAUCUUUUUACUCUCUUAUUUUCUCUCAUAUUUCUGCUGAUGCUGUUAUUUUGCGUUUUCUUAUAUAAUCAGUGCUGUUAAUGCGCUAUAUCCUAUUAUAUUUAGUGACUGGAAUUAGAGUGGUCAUAAUUGUUUUUGUGUUGUUCUUGUUAUGGAUUUAUUUAUCAGUAUGUAUUACUCAUCUGGCAAUGAGCUAAGAGUGUGAAGGGGAAGACAGACAGACAGUGGGGCCUGCCAGGAUCAGCCCCACCACCCAUGAGUUGCAGUGUUACCAAAACAAACAUGAUUCAUGUCAUGUAAUUCUUAGUGUUACUUUAAGGUGACUUGAAGCUGAUUAUUUUGUUUCCACGAUGACGUAUGACAGUGGGUGGUGGCGUUGAUAUAUGAUUAGCUACAAAGUGGCAUGUAUUCUGUCUUAAUUUUGGAAUGCUGCAUAUCAAAGAAAGGACAUAAAAGUAUUUUGUUUAAGCAUUGUUAUGGAUGAUUCCUCAAUCUUUUUACCAUAUCUUACAGUAGUUGCAUGGAAGAUGAAAGAGAUAUUUAGUAUUACUUCUAUGUUCCUGUAAUGCAUGAUUUUUGUUGAGUUGUGUCAACUCCUUCAAGACUGAGUCAUGCAGAGUGAGCUGUGUGUUCACUUCUGUGACUGGAACAACUUGCUCUAUGUGAGGAGAGUUCACUGCAUCUGAGUAUGUGCUGUAUCUUUCAUGUUAACUAUUACUUAAUGAUUCAAUUGACAUAACAUCUUGAGUUCCUAAUAGGUAUAGAUGAAAAUUGCAUUCUAGGUUUGAAUGAAAAGCAUACAGUGGUUAAACUUGUUUCUUAGGCUUAGGCUUUUUUAUAUACAUUCCACUCAUGACUUGCAUAAUCAGUUAAGAUAUCCCAAGCAUUUAUCUAUUUCCGAGAGUUGCAAUGAAGAUAAUCAAGAAGUCAGCAUGAAUAAUUAAAUUUCCCAAACAAAAAUCUUUACUUGGUUAAUGGCAGUUUGCCUCAAAUACUAAUUGAAAAUGGCUUCUUGCCUUUGCUUCAUAUUAUAAGUUUGGGCCCUUCUUUCAUAAGAAAAUGUCAAAAUGUAAAUAAAAACAAGGGCAGAUAUCCUGUUAUAUUUAAUUUUAAUUAUAUAUGUCAGGCUUCAAUUCUAAUAUCUUACUUGAUACAGCUUGUUACACAUAUUGCAUGAGGUGAAGGAGUGUGUGAAUGCACAUAGUUGUGUCCUGAGGGUUUGUAGCAAGCAGGAACAAGAACAGGCUGUAUUUCACUGGCAGGCUCCGUACAGACUGUCUGAUACACAUUUUCCCGGGUGAGGAGGGAGGAUAGGAGGAGUGGGAAGUAUGUAUAAUGUUGAGUGUGGUGGAGAAGAGGGAGCAGGUGCUUAGUGGGACCACCUCCCUUGGAUUCUUUUCAGUGACAUUCGUGUGCUACAGAGAUAAUGGAGAUGGAGAUGGUGUUUAAGUAUGGUAUAAUACUGAGGAGUCUGUGUGGCAAGGGAAACAAAUAAAGCAAAACUACCUUUGAGGACUAUAAAUAUUUGUUAAAUGAGAAAAAUAAAAGUUAACCUUGCAAAAAUUAGAUGCUGUCCAGGAAUACGUGUAUGUGUUUUAAAUUUUGCUUUUGUUUUUAGACAAAAUAUUCUAGAGUUAAUUCUUAUUUAUUGUGUACAUAUUACUUUUUAUAAAAGUAACUGUAGUCUAUGAAAACUUCAAAAACUGCAAUGAAAUUUGUUAUCAGUUAGUUAUGGUAUUAAAGGUGCACUAGUUGUUGUAAGGCAGUAUGAGGUGCUUGGGCUCUGGGUAUUUGUGAUGAGUGUAUGUGUGUACCUGUGCCAAGGGUAGGGCAGUGUGAGGACACCUGGUGGCCGUCCCACAGUAUCUCACAGCUUGAGAGGAUGUUGGUGAUUGGGGGAAUUUUCAUCUUAUUUGUAUUCCUUAUUUGUGCCAUUCUUUUCACAAACCGCUAGAAUAGUUUGAUUCAGAAUGGAUGGAAGUGAUGGUAUGACUUGAGGAGGGAUGGAGGUUGUGGUGUGUUAUGAAAGUUGUAUGCAUUGUAGUUUGUGAGCUUGUGAUUUUCGAAGUCUUUAGGUCUUCUCUGUUUUUGCUCACUUAAUUAUGUUAUCAAACAUAUUACUUGCUUAUUAUUUGUUUUCUCUUCACUUAUGAGAAUCUAUAAAGAAAUUCUGUCAUAUUGCUUGGCAAACUGUACAAGAGUGAAAUACAUCAAAUAUCAAAUCCUUUGAAAUAUUUAAUGACUUCAAUGGGCAUUUUUCUCAGCACAGUAUUAAUAACCAUAAAGAUAAUGAAAUAAUGAAAUGUCAGCUGAUGGGUUUUUUAUACUAAAAGUAAGUUCAUAUUUCAUUAAUCAGCUUCUUAGAGACUGCAAUACUGCAAUUCCUGAUAUUUACUCUUCAUUUUGCUACUUAACAACCCAGAUAUUAUCAUUGGUGUUGCACAUUGUAUGUUUUAUUUCAGAAAUCCGGUGAUGGCUUAUACUAGAGAACUGUUAUUCAAUGAAUCAAAUAUUGUAAUUGCACCAUGUUUUGUAAUGUUACCUUAAACUUGUUAUCUAAUGCCAAAUGUUCAAAAUGUAUGUCACAUUGUGUUCACACAAAUGGCUGCUCAUUAUCAAAGCAAACAUUUGUUAUAUUGACUUUUGAACAAAUCCUUUACCAAUUUAGUGAUAUGGUAGUAACCCUUGUUGUGUUAAGCAUAAAUUGAAAGAUCAAGUCUUAUACAAAUUAGGAUGUUUUAAAACAUGACAUUUUGAGAAUAAUGGGAAGCUGUUUGUGAGAAUGUUUGUCACCAAGACCACCCAAUUUUUUGAAAAGCCACAAUUUUAUGUGGUGCAUCUCAUGUUUAUGUUUGAGGAAACAGAUGUGUAAGACAAGCUUGUGUUGUGGCUGCAGUGUGGCAGUGUGGUGAUGGUGGUGGCAGUGGUGGCAGCACCUGAGGCCUUGGUGUGGUGUUGUGGUGCUCAGUUGUGAGGCACCACACCAGUCAAAAAUGCUAGUUCUGUUAUCAUGAAAUACUUCAAAUUAUUCGGCAAGGAAAAUGUUUUGGUGUACUGGAUGUGUAUUAGGUAAAACUAUUCUUACUUUCAACUAAAUAGAUAAAAUUAUUGGCUGAUAUGUAGCAGAUAUAUUUGUUAUUGAUAAUGUGUACCAAAUUCCAAUCAAUGUUAUGAAAUGGAAAAUUAUAUUUUUGUACUAAGAGCCUAUUUUUGCAUUUAGAUCAAUAUGCAUUUCAGUAAGAUAACUAUAUUUUGCCAAUAAACAAGUCAUUCAGUGUUAUCAUGAAGGCAAAAAAAGUUAUUAGAUGAUUUUUUUUCAUUCUUAUGUAUUUUCAAUCUGCAGAUCAUUCUUGAUGUCAGUAGGAAUUAGCUCCUCAGAAUUUAAGAUGACAAGUUUGAGGAGAGGAAACUGUAUUGCCUAUAAGUGUGAGGCAAUAUCUUACAGGCAUAGAGAAGUUAGUGGUGUCUUGGGAGGUGUUGACACUGCUGGCUGAGUGAGUGACAUAGCAGCCAUUGUUGGAAGCUUGUAUGUUGUCCUUGGCUACUUAGCAGAGAUGCUUGUCUCCACAACCCAUUGUCCCUUUUGUGCCAACACUACCCCUUCAUUUGGCCAUUGCAGUCUUAGGGUUUGAUCAACAGUAAUCCUGUGGCCUGCUUUAUCCAGGCCCCUGCUUUAGGAUUUGUCUUGCUCAAUCACAAACCCAAAGAUUUUCCUUAAAUUCACUUCCAGCCAUGGACUUGUGUACAUGUUGAUUGGAUGAGAAAUAAAGCCCAUUUGUUUUAGUAAUAUCCAGUGAAUUUAAUAUCACAUUUUCUAAUUGCUGUCACACAUUUCAAGCCUAAUGAUUUGUUCAUGCACUUGUGCUUUUGUUUUCUUCUCAUUCUGUAAUUGCAUUAUUGUAUUGAUGACCGUGGGUACCUAUGUAUAUGAAAAUUUUGUAAGUAUUUCGUAGCAUCUACUUUACUCUCAAAUAGAGAUUAUAUUGAUACA